CACAGGCUUACAGAAGUCAUUGCAGCCGAACGCAAGCCCACCGUAUUUGUCCGGGUGCCCACCCGUAUUUUUUAUCGUCAAAAGUCUCGAACGGUGAGACAGAGAGACUCUCACGAAAGCUGGCAAGAGAGCCCGAGAAUCGCAUACAUUACGUCCGAUCCCCACAACGAAGGAAGCGUUUCUGGACUCUCUCCAGCGGUAGUGAAAGGACGUCUAGGACUUCCGCACUUACAGGUUGCACCAGCAAUGGGGUCAGGGGCAAGCAAGAAAGCCGGGCCAAUGGCUGCGGGCGGGGACGUCACGCAAGGACAUGACAAUAACACCGAAAAAGGCAGCUCAUCAUCGCCUAGUUCCACUCAUGCACACCAGCCCCAGUCGCAACACCAUCACCAACAACCCCACGCCCAAACACCAGCCCAUUCGCGGCACGCAACCUCAAAUUCUACCUCAGCCGCAUCACCCUUAGCAGGGCAUCAUCAUCCACCACAAUGGCCAGCGCCGCUAAAAACCGGCAGCGGUGCGGGCUCUCCGUCGCCGCAGCGUAACACGAAUGCGACGGCGGAGGCGCAUGUGUCGCCGACGACGGGCAAGGUGACGAGUUUGCCGACGAGUGGAGGUGCGAAGGGUGGUGGCGGGCGGUUUCGACCGUAUGGGGAUGAUGACAACACAGCGGCGGAAAGUGGGGCUAGUGUUGCUGGUAGUAAAGGCGGGCGGCUAGGGGCAUUGCGACAGGGACGCGUAGAAGAGCCGGCACAUCAAGUCAAGUUCGACAAGGAGAAGUUCAAAAAAGCGAAUAAGGAGAAGUUCCAACUAGAUGAACCACUCCCAUCGCCCGCCAGCGUAACCCCCACCCACGCCACACCCGCCGGCUUCGACCACUUUGCCCAAACAGGUGCAGCACGACGGCACCAACAGGACGACGACAAUGAUGAUGAUGACGGGCGUGGUCGUGAUGGCGGAGGCGGGAAGGGGCGGUUCAUGAAUGACUCUGAUGAGGAUUUCAUGGCGGAGAUAUUGAGGGAGACGGAGUUUAUUGUGCAUGAUCGGUUUUGAUGCUCCCGGUCAUUUAGGUGGACUGAUGUGCCGGGGGGAGCGGGGUUGGAUGCGGCUUGCACGGCCAUGGUUAGAGGCGGGGAGAUACCACUUGAUCGACAAU